GCUUCGCGCGUGUUCAAUGUAGAUCAUUUGUUGAUGCCAUGGCGGAGGAUACCAACGUAUGGAACUAUAAAAUAGUUGCUAAAUCGUUAAUGGCAACAUUUAAUUAAACGGAUUAUGGGGAAAAGAUCCAGCAAAUUAACCAACUCGGAAUUGAACGAUCUAAAUGCCUGCACCAAAUUUGAAAAGAAAGAACUACAACAGUGGUACAGAGAUUUUAUGAAAGAUUGUCCCAGUGGGGUUUUAAAAAAGGAGGAAUUCCAAAAUAUAUAUCAACAAUUUUUUCCACAUGGCAAUCCGAGUAAAUUUGCUGGAUUUGUUUUUAAUGUGUUCGACUAUAACAAGGAUGGUUUGAUAACAUUUACAGAAUUUAUACGUGCAUUAUCUAUCACAUCUCGUGGUAGUCUAGAUGAGAAAUUAGACUGGGCGUUCACUCUAUAUGAUUUAGAUAAUGAUGGUUAUAUUACUAAAGAUGAAAUGAUAGAUAUAGUAGAUGCUAUUUAUUCUAUGGUAGGUAAUCUAUUAGAUCUACCAAAAGAUGAAGAUACGCCAGAAAAACGGGUGAACAAAAUAUUCGACCAAAUGGACUUGAAUCAUGAUGGUAAACUGAGUAAAGAAGAAUUUCGUGAAGGUUCAAAGUGUGAUCCAUGGAUUGUUCAAGCUUUAUCAAUGGAACUUCCUCAUAGAUGAUGGUCUGAACUUCACGAUUCUUAUAAUAUACAUCAAUACCUGUAUUUUUACAUCAUCGUAUAACCUCCUACACCCGAUCUUCCUAACAAAUUAUUGUAUAAAUUCAAUUUGUUUAUGUUAAAUGCCUUUUAAAAAUAUAUAUAUGUGGGACCAUUGUAGUCUGUUUAACAGAAAUAAAACAUUUUUAUAUGCCCACAUUGAAAGGUGGUCGUGUAUUGUCUUCGCCCCCGUCUGUCCGGCGGUCCAACGUCCACAAUUGCUUGUGGAUGCUCUAGAGGCUAAAGUUAAUAUAAGAUUGACUUUAAAUUUAUACACAGUGUUUAAGGUCAUGAGAUGAAGUAGCCUAUUGAUUUUCAACGAUUUUUGAUAAUUACUGCCAGAGUUGUGGCCCUUGAUCACUUCAAAAAAUCUUGUAGACGCUCUAGAGGCUAAAGAUAAUAUCCGAUUGACUUUAAAUUUAUAAAAAGUGUUUAAGGUCAGGAGACGAACAAAUAUAUUCAUUUUCAAUGAAUUUUGAUAACUUGAACAGCUAAAUCCAUGACAUUAAAUGUUUCGUAUACUAAACGUUAGUAUGGGGCCGAACUUUAUAAAAAACUAAACAAAUUCUAAUGAUUUUCUGAUAAUUUCUUAAUGAGUUGUUACUCUUAAUCAGAUUUUAUUGUAUUAUAAAUGUUUCAUUACCGACAAAAGUAAAAAUAUGCGAUAACUCUUGUUGACUGCCCUGACGAUUUUGCUGCUGUGGGCGUAUGUUUCGUUGCCUGACAACCUAUCUUUACUUAUAUAUAUGGGACCAUUGUAGCGUCUAUAACAUAAAAAAAAAACAUUUUUUCUAAUAUAUCAGCUCAUGUUAAAGACGAUACAUUUGUGGCUUACAAUCCAAGAUUUUAGUGCUUCAGAUUAAAAUUGCUUAAUUAUAAAAGACUGGUGCAACUAAAUCAAAAUUUCUGGAUUAUGCGCUUACUCAUUGACUGUAUGUUGAUGUAUAUAUUGUUGUCGUCUCUGCUUAUGGUCAAUUUCUUGUGAACAAUCUACAGGUUAGAGAUCUUGACUGGCUGGGAUUGUUCAUGUGGUUUAAAGGGACUAUCCCGAUUUGAAACAGACUCUCAGAAAUUUAAGCGCCAAAAUAUAGAGGAAUGGUGUAUUUACCUUGUCUAAAGAUAUCAGCUCAAAAUAUUGAGUCGUUUGGACGUGAACGUCAAAACCUCUUAUCUGGACACGUAAACCUCUUUAAGAUUUCGGGUCCAUUUUUUUCGUUGGGUGACCUGAUAAUCUAUUGCCGUUCCUUUAGAGGUCUAUACAGUGCAUGGUCCAUGUGCUGUACCUGAUAACGAAAGGUAAAUUUCACCUACACAUUAUUUUUAUAAAAUAAAAGUCUGGUUUUAUCUAGACACCGUAUAAUACAGCUUGGGACACCCAGCUUGGAGACUGAUGGGUUUAAGUAGUUUGAAAACGUAUCAUGUAUAUUGCUUGGCCCUAAGGUAGAGGAUAUUAAGGGCUUUAACACAAAAUUAAGAAGUGUUAUUCUCCAAAAUUUAAUUGAGAUUGGCCCUUUAAGGAAGCACCAUAUUGAAAUUCUGAAUUUUUCAAUUGCAAAUCACAAGGCUAUUUCCGUUUAUGUUCAAACAUAAAUUUCCAAUGCAUUUUGCAGAAUUAUCCUUGCAUGAAGAACCACUGAAUUUCAAAAUUUAUGGAUGUUAAAUUUCUAAAAGAGUUGUCUUUCAUUUUAUUUUUAUAUUUUUAAAGCUUGGGACAACCGGUCGUUAUUUUAUAUUCAUGAUGUCUGUUUAUCAAUCUAUAAUUUAUAUCGUAUAUCAUGCCAAUUAUUUUAAAUAAAAACUUUUCUGCUGAUAGAGUAUUAGUGGGAAAAUUGUAUUGGUCUAGGAACGUACCAGUACCAGUAGUAGUUUCUCGGCCCCAAAAAUUAAUGUUCAACUGCAAGACAACUUCAUCACCUUUCUUGAACUUUCCACAAGAAAUCUGCAAUCCUUUAUCGAUACCUUAUUACUGAUACGGCACUCUUAUAAUUUAUCAUCAUUCUAUGUACAAGCACCUGUAUUAAUUACCAAUUCAAUUUCACUUCUGUUCCUACUUAUAAAACUAAAGUCUUAUUUUUUUUUACAAAUUUAUGUGCAAUUUUAACAUGUUUUUAAUUAUGUGCAAUUUUAACAUGUUUUUAAUUAUGUGCAAUGUUAUUUGAAUAACAAUUUAAACAUGGUUUUAAUUAUGUGCAAUGUUAUUUGAAUAACAAUUUUAACAUGUUUUUAGCAACGUGCAAUUUUAUUUGAAUAACAAUUUUAACAUGUAACGUGCAAUGUUAUUUGAAUAACAAUUUUAACAUGGUUUUAAUUAAGUGCAAUGUUAUUUGAAUAACAAUUUUAACAUGUUUUUAAUUGGGUGUAAUGUUAUUUGAAUAACAAUUUUAACCUGUUUUAGCAACGUGCAAUGUUAUUUAAAUAACAAUUUUUAACAUGUUUUUGAUUUUAUAUUUUUUAUUAAGCAUGCGCUUUGUUAUUCUGUUAUAGUAAAAUCUGAUUAAAACACAGGUCCUAUUUCGUUUCAAUUUUUAUAGUUCAAAAUUUCGUUUUACUUGUCUUUACUACACUAGGAUCUGGAAGAGUUGUUAUAUAAAGUGUGUUCUGGAUGAUGUGAGGGAUUAGCCAAUGAAACGGUCUGUUACGGCGAGUUCUUGGCAUGUGAUGUACAGAACUGUGGGUAUUCUACUAGAAACA